UAACAAAAAGUUGAACGCAGCACCCGGAUUUAAAAUUCAAAUAACCAAAAGAAAUUGUCAAUUAGUUGAAAAAUAUCUAUUGUUAAAGCUCACUGCUUAAGAAACUGAAAAACUCGCGAAUAGUGAAUAAAGUUAAAAGAAACCUGCAACUUAAGCCAGUUUUUUUUCCAAUGUAAAAGCCAACGUCAGCAUAUUUUGAGUGCCAAAAGCUAAAAAGUGUUCAUUUUAGUGCUGUAAUGGAGCUUACAACAAAAACCACACAAAAGUCUUUGAUUUCAAAAAUGAAAAUUGUAUAUGAAAAUGCAUAUGAUGUGGUGCCAUGGCAGAACAAAGAAAACCACAGAAAAUGGUGCUCCACUGGCCAAGGCAGCGACUGCGCUGCAGCAGCAAAGACUUGGAUACGUGCGUGCUGAGUAUGUUAACAUGAAGCAAGCGCACUGUCUGCAGUCGCAGCGCAGCCAGCGCCAACAUUUCUCUACAUGCAACUGCAUUUUGUACGUAUACAAAGAAAACGAGUCUUUGUUCUGCUGUACGAGACUUAAAUCGAUGAACAGCAACAACUACAUCCACAUAAUGGAGAAGGAUAAGGCAUUAGUCACUUUUCCAAGCCUGUUUUCCCAUGCGAGAGCUACGGAAUGGAGUUAUUCGUUUACAAAUCGAUGCUAAAAAUGGUGAUACCUAUGGACGGUUGACGAUACGUGAGCUAGCAGGGGCUGGCAGGACUUGGUAUUUAUGACUACUAUUCUACUUGCAACAAAGCAUCCAUCGCUAUCGACCCACCACUUAAUAUAUAUACUAAGUAUAACGCAGGCAGCGUAAAAGCGUAUCAUGCUAAAUAUCACAUUAUCUACCUACCAUACUAUAUCUGUAUAUCAAUUUGUAUCCAUCCAUAUGUUUAUAGAGCGUAAGUGUAUUUGCAGAUCCAUCAUCACAAAACCAAACCAAACUACAACAAAUCAACGCAACGCUAAUCAAUACUCUCUCUAUAUAUGCCAUAUAACUAUAUCAACAAACCAACAUAUAUCCUUUAUUUAUCCCACCAACUCUACAUAUGAUCUUCAACUUAUGAAUAAUUCGAUUUGCAGCUCCCAAGUACCAAACAGCCUAUGCCUGCGAGGGCAAGAAACUGACCAUUGAGUGCGAGCAGGGAGAGCUUAUCAACCUGAUACGGGCCAACUAUGGACGCUUCUCGAUUACCAUAUGCAACGACCAUGGCAACGUGGAGUGGAGUGUCAACUGCAUGUUCCCCAAGUCCCUCACAGUUCUCAAUUCAAGAUGCGCCCACAAGAACAGCUGCAGUGUGUUGGCAGCGACCAGUAUGUUCGGGGACCCCUGUAUGGGCACUCACAAGUAUCUCGAGGCACAUUAUCAGUGCGUUUCGGCGGCACAGACUUCGACGACGACCAACAGGCCUAGUCCACCGCCAUGGGUGCUGAACAAUGGGCCGCCAAUCUUUGGCAAUGGCAGCGGUCUAAUACACCCAUCGAAUAUCGGUGGUGCUUCGGCUGCUCCGCCCCGUCUGCCGACGUUACCUGGCGUGGUGGGAAUCAAUGCCAAUGGUGGCAUAUUCAAUGUACAACCGCCUGUCACGCAUGCAACGCCCCAGGGCAGCACUGCUGCACUGCCGGGCGGACGUCUCAAGGGGGUGGCAUCCUCCAGCACGACCACUAAGCUUCCAGGUGGUCGUCGCGAUGGUCUACCGCCUCCCCCACAGCUGCAUCACCAUCACAACCAUCACACAGACGAGAGCACGCCCACCAAGUCCAGCGGCAAGCUUCCGGCUGCCAGCAAUGCUACAGCACCCUCGAAUACCCGCAUCCUAACUGGAAUGGGCGGAGGUGGAACUGAUGACGGAACGCUGCUAACUACAAAGAGUUCGCCCAAUCGGAAUCCGGGAACGGCGGCCAGUGGGCCAUCGGUUUUGAGCAACGGAAGCGCUGUGCGAACCAUAAAUAACAUCAAUCUAAAUGCCGCUGGCAUGGCUGGAUCUGAUGACGAGUCCAAGCUGUUCUGCGGUCCCACCCAUGCCAGGAAUCUCUUUUGGAACAUGACCCGUGUGGGCGAUGUGAAUGUCCAGCCGUGCCCGGGUGGCGCAGCAGGCAUUGCCAAGUGGCGCUGUGUGCUGAUGAAGCGUAUUCCCGACUCAAGCUUCGAUGAGGAAGAUGACGAAAUGGCUGGCUCCAGCACCACGACCCCCAUGCCCACCAGUGGCGACUGCAUGUACAAUAACAGCAACUGUGAGCCGCCAGUGACCAUGGCCCACAAGGUCAAUCAGCGUCUGCGCAACUUUGAGCCUACCUGGCAUCCACUCACACCAGAUCUGACACAGUGUCGCAGCCUCUGGCUGAACAAUCUGGAGAUGCGACUAAACCAAAGAGACUCCUCGCUGAUUUCCAUUGCCAAUGACAUGUCCGAGGUAACGAGCAGUAAAACUCUGUAUGGCGGGGAUAUGCUGGUCACCACCAAAAUUAUCCAAACCGUGUCCGAGAAAAUGCUCCACGACAAGGAGACUUUCCCCGACCAGCGGCAGCGGGAAGCUAUGAUCAUGGAACUGCUACAUUGUGUGGUCAAAACUGGCUCCAACUUGCUGGAUGAGUCGCAGCUGUCUUCCUGGCUGGAUCUCAAUCCUGAGGAUCAGAUGCGUGUGGCCACAUCCCUGCUGACAGGCUUGGAGUACAAUGCCUUCCUGCUGGCCGAUACGAUUAUCAGGGAGCGCAGCGUGGUGCAGAAAGUCAAGAAUAUAUUGCUCUCGGUGCGUGUCUUGGAAACGAAAACCAUUCAAUCCAGCGUGGUGUUCCCGGACUCGGAUCAGUGGCCUCUCAGCUCCGACCGUAUUGAAUUGCCCCGAGCUGCGCUUAUUGAGAAUAGCGAAGGCGGCCUCGUGCGCAUUGUAUUUGCCGCCUUUGAUCGCCUUGAGUCCAUAUUGAAGCCCAGCUAUGAUCACUUUGACCUCAAGAGCUCCCGCAGCUACGUGCGCAACACAGCAAUCUUGGCCAACGACAGCGAUGCUGGCGAGGGAGAUCUUCAGCAGCGCUUGCGCAUACUGAACAGUAAGGUGAUCUCAGCCAGCUUGGGCAAGGGACGGCAUAUCCAGCUCUCCCAACCCAUUACAUUGACAUUAAAGCAUUUGAAAACGGAGAAUGUGACCAAUCCCACCUGUGUGUUCUGGAACUAUAUUGAUCAUGCCUGGUCUGCCAAUGGCUGCAGCUUGGAGUCCACCAAUCGCACACACAGCGUCUGCAGCUGCAAUCAUCUGACCAACUUCGCCAUACUCAUGGAUGUGGUGGAUGAGCAUCAGCACUCGCUGUUCACAAUGUUUGAUGGGAAUAUGCGCAUCUUUAUCUACAUCAGCAUCGCCAUCUGUGUGGUCUUUAUAGUUAUUGCACUGCUCACAUUGAAGCUGUUCAAUGGGGUCUUUGUCAAGUCCGCACGCACCUCGAUAUAUAUCAACAUUUAUAUUUGCCUGCUGGCCAUUGAGCUGCUCUUUCUACUGGGCAUUGAACAGACCGAAACAAGCAUAUUCUUCUGUGGUUUUAUAACCGUUUUCCUCCACUGUGCCAUACUCUCUGGCACCGCCUGGUUCUGCUACGAAGCCUUCCACUCGUACUCCACUCUCACCUCGGAUGAGCUGCUCCUGGAGGUGGAUCAGACACCGAAAGUGAACUGCUAUUACCUGCUCUCCUAUGGCAUGGCAUUGAGCGUGGUGGCCAUAUCGCUGAUCAUCGAUCCCAGCACCUACACCCAAAACGAUUAUUGCGUUCUCAUGGAGGCCAAUGUAGUGUUCUAUGCUACUUUUGUUUCUCCAGUGCUUAUCUUCUUUAUGGCUGCCAUUGGUUACACAUUCCUCUCCUGGAUUAUCAUGUGCCGCAAGAGUCGCACUGGAUUGAAGACCAAAGAGCACACACGCCUGGCCACUGUUCGCUUCGACAUACGUUGCUCGUUUGUGUUCUUCCUGCUGCUCAGCGCCGUUUGGUUGUCAGCCUAUCUGUAUUUGCGCGGUGCUAAAAUGGAUGAGGACGUGACCGACGUCUAUGGAUAUAGCUUUAUUUGCUUCAACACCCUCCUGGGACUCUACAUCUUUGUGUUCCACUGCAUUCAGAACGAGAAAAUACGCCGAGAGUAUCGCAAAUAUGUGCGACAGCACGCAUGGCUGCCCAAGUGCCUGCGUUGCUCCAAGACCUCCAUUUCGUCGGGCAUAGGGGCCGGAGCUGGACUUGGUGGCACCAACGCUGGCACAUUAUGCAGCGUCUCGAAUGCAAAGAAAUCCAAGCUACCGUUGGGGGUCAGGGAUGAGGCGCACGAUGAGCAGCAGCAGCAACAUUUACCUGCUACCGAAGACGCCAUCAUGGGCGCAAGUUCUGAUUGUGAGCUCAAUGAAGCCCAGCAGAGACGCACCUUAAAGAGCGGACUGAUAACGGGCACCCUGCAACCAGCGCAGCCUCCUCUUGGUGGUCAUGUAGUGCUAGAGAGAGGGAAUACUUUGCGCUCCACUGGGCAUGCGUCGCCAACCAGCUCGGCGGGAUCUACGCACAUGAUCUUCGCCCACAAACAGCAGCAGCCGCAGCAACAACCGCCUUUGGGUGAGGCCUACUACAAUCAGCCGGACUACUACAGCUGGAAGCAGAAGGCCCAACGGGAGUUUUACAAUAACGCUGGGGCACCCACAUCCUCACCGCAGCAGGCCCAUGAGGUGUUCUACUGGACGCAGAAGCCAAACAGCCAGCACGGCAAGAAGAAGAGGGGUGGCGGAGGAGCUAUUCCGGCAUCUCCGAGUGGUUCACUGCACAGCCGGGCCACAGCCGCCUCCCAAGUGCUGUUCUAUCCAUCGUACAAGAAGACAAAGCCGGGACAACAGGCCUAUCCGCACUAUGCCGAGGCCCUGGACCCACCACUGCCACCCAACACUGCUGCCUUUUAUCAACAGCAGCAGCAGCAGCAGUUGCGUCAACAACGGCAGCAACAGCAGCAGCAGCAAGUCUCCUCCGAUGAGGAGCAGGCAGAACAGCAUGCCCAUCUGUUGCACUUGCAGCACCAGCAACAGCAGCAGCAGCAACGACGAGCAAAUGGCCAGCAACAGCUGCCAGCUCCGCCGCCGCACAUGGCGCAGUACCAGCAGGAGUUCAUGCAGCGUCAAUAUAGAAAUAAGCAUUCCAACUGUGAUCUGGGCGAUGCCUACUAUAAUCAAGGCAGUGUCGGCGGAGUGGAUGGCGGGCCUGUGUACGAGGAGAUACUCAGUAAUCGCAACUCGGAUGCGCAACACUACGAAGUGGGCGACUUUGAUGUGGAUGAGGUCUAUAACAACAGCGUGGGCACCGGCGUAUUUAACAACAUGCGUGCGGCAGUGGCUACUGGCGGGAGUCGCUAUGGUGGCAGUCUAAGUGGAGGCAGUGUCUCAUCACGAAACCAACAGCAGCCGCUGUCGCAGCCAAUUCCUGCGAGACGUUGCACUGCCGACGAGGACGAUGACGAGGAGGAGGAUGAUGAAGAGACAACUGCCGCAGAGCAACUGCACGAUGGCGCCUGUGAUGAGGAGGAGGAGGAAGAUGACGAGAGCGAUAUGGAGGAUGAUUCGCACGGUUUGCCACCCCAAAGCGCUGAGCGAAUGCGUCGAUUAAUGGCACUGCAGGAUGCGGACUUUAAGCGGCGGUUUCAGCGUCAGCUGCGCAAGCAUGGAGCGCCCGUUGAUUAUGGAACGCAACCACCCGGAGCAGCGCAAGCAGCAAUAGGAGGAUCGCACCCAGAACACAAUGGUGCGGUUUUUGGGGUUAGCGGCGGCGUUGGUGAGGGCUCCAUGCGGGGCGCGCUUAGGCAGCAACAGCAACAGCAUGCCAAGUCACCGAGCGCCCGUUUGGCGGUAAAUGAGCUAUUUGGUCAUGGCAACGCCGGACCACCACUGCCACCGGCCAAUCAGACGCCCGCACAGAAGCGUCAACAGCUUCAGAAACUAUCACCGCAGUCCACAACAUCAUCGUCGUCGCAUACAUCACACAGUAAUCCCCACACAGUAAACCCCCAUCCGCAUCCCCCACAACACCAACAGCGUCAUCUGUCGGCCAUGCUGGAUGAGAACAACACGGUGCGCUGCUACCUUGAGCCGUUGGCAAAGUAGAGCAAGCAGCCCACCGCAUGGGAUACCCCGAAACAGUCUUAGGCAAAAAUUGUAGCUUAGGGUCUCUAACUAUACCUAGUAUUAGUCGUUAGUCGAAAAUAUGGAGCAUUGUGUGAAACAACAUGCUGUCAUGCUAUCUAUACGUGCAGUGAUUCUAGAAUCCCAAAACUUUAUGAAUGUAUAUGUAAUAACUCAAAUCUAGACGAUAGGCAAAACACAGAAGACAGAAAAGAAACACGGAAGAAGCAUAGAAGACCCAACAUGGAGCAAAUGCAAGCUUAACCUAAAUAGAAGGGACUUGAUUUGAUUUAAUGUUUGUCUGUCCUCGACUUGCAUGCAUUUUAUACCAACUUGGAAAACGAUCUAUAAUGAUAUAUUAUAAAUAAAUGUAUGUACUAUAUGUAUACUGUAUUGUAAUACAUGCCACCACAUGCCAUUUUAAGUAGAUUGUCGAUAACAUUAAAACAAACCCCAAAUAUAUAUAUUUGAAUGUGUAUGUAUAAGAUCUGAGAACUGUAUAUGUACAUUAUAUAUAUUAUAUUGAAUGCUGGCGGAUUAUGUUUUAUGUAUUUUGUAAGGAAUCAAUUAGUUGUUUAUUUGAUUUGUCGCUGAUUACGAUCUUAAGAUAUAAAUAGAUAUAGAGACACGCAGGCUUAAGAUUUGUUUCACGUUUCAUUAACCAAAAAAAAAGAAAGCAGAAAACAUAUAUGAAGUACUUUCGUUUUUAUAAUUGUAUUUUUGUACUAUCCAACUGCCGCUUUGCACCUCUGAACCAAAUAUUCCUUCCAAUUAUGAAACAAAUUUUGUGGAAAUUCGAUUGGAAAGUCGAGCGGAAUUCCAACUACCAUUUUGUUGUUGCUUUUAUAUUUCUUUUAUGUUGUAAGUGAACGAACCAGAGCGAAGCAUUUCAAGUGUACAUUUUCAUCAAUAUAGAUGCUUUAAGCACACAUAUGAGGGCAUUUAUUAUGUAUAUUUUGAAGAGAACUCUUUGAUUGCUUUAUUAUUUAUAUAUAUUACUAAUAUAUACUGGAAGAUAAAUAAAUCGAUUGCUAUGUAACUGACUUUGAUAUUGAAUGGCAGGAGGCAUACAGCUUGAAAACGAGAGAGAGACAUCAUACAAAACAAAAUACCUAUCUAGCAAAGAAAGAUUUCAACCAAACCUCACUUGUUAACUAGGAACUAACUGUAAAGCUCUUUGAACACUAGCAAACUCACACAGACACUCUUAACGGUACUAUCAAGAGAAACCUUCGCUCCCUAGAGAAUUUCACGCAUGUGUACAAAAAACAAAAACAAAUAAAAUAAAGUGCAAAACCAAAAGAUAUAAAAUAUAGUAAAUAUUAUAUGUUGUAUCAACCAUGCUAAAGAGUGUCCCGAUUCCCAGUAAGAGCAACUUGCAUGCAAAACUCGCAGCACAAAGAACAAAACAACUGUCUAUACCACAGAAAGAAA